GUCCCUCUUGUCGUCACCACCUCCCCUCCUGCCCCCUCGCCUUCUCCCUCGCCGGCUCCAAAACGCCCACCUUCUGCUUACGUAACAUACCCGCCACGCAUGCGCCCAGCCUCCGGGCCCCGCACCGCCCGGGCCUUCAUCCCCGCCACGGCCACUUAUCGCCUCGGGCGCCAGCAGCGCAGCGCACCGCACGAUAGGCACCAGGGACCCAGCCAGCACGACGGCACUACGGCAGUGGGCGUCGUGGGGGGGGGACCAUUGCCGGGGCGGGUGGCGGCUUCGGGAAGUGCGGCGGCAGAAGAGUGUGCACGACAGGUAGGAGGAGAGAACACGCCGCUACUGGGUUCGAGGAAAGCACAGACAACCGUGGCGACAAGAAAAGGCGUAUCUUGGAUACUUGCGACACAGUUUUUCACCUAGAGAAGGGUGGAAAGAUAAAAAAAAAAGGCACCGCCAGAUAUCCGACGCAGGCUGCACGGGAAG